AUGCCAAGAACAUUCUGGAUCGAUGCUGUUUGUAUCGACCAGAGCAAUAUGGCAGAGCGUAGCGAGCAAGUCAGCAAGAUGCGAACCAUCUACCACUCCGCAAAUUAUGUUGUUGUUUGGCUAGGACCCGAUGAUGAUAGCUCUGCAUUAGCAUUCUCGAUGUUCAAACGAUUUCGAAGGCACAUGCAUGAUGUUCAGUACAUCGCCAACAUAAUCAAAUCCCCGGCAUCCAGAGACAGUCUUGAGGCUAUCGUGAGUUUAUUCUCCCGCGCCUACUGGGACCGUGUUUGGGUCAUCCAAGAAGUCAACUCGAUUGAAGAGACGGAAAUCAUCAUUAUGUGCGGAAAUCACAACAUAGGCUGGUCAGCACUUGCAGCAAAGCAGGACAUGCUGAUCGAGGAUCACCAGGACCUUCUUAUGGAGUUAUCAGGCCAGGAACCAAGACUGAGAUCACUCUACAAUGACAUGAGACUACGCGGUCCAAAUGGCCUACAAUUGCCUUACACGAUUGACGGAACGCCUGACCUCUAUACAUUGCUCUCACUCUAUUGGAAAAGCGCCGCGACAGAUCCCAAGGACAAAAUCUACGCGCUCGUUGGUUUAAGCACAGCCCGAGACGAUCCCCGCCUGAGCAUUGACUAUUCGCUGUCUAUCCGUCAAGCGUACAUCAACGUGGCUAGGUAUCUCGUGGUCUCUUCCCAGAAGUUAGAUGUGAUUUGCUCCAUGCCUCGCUGCUUGAACACUUACGACCUCCCCUCGUGGGUACCGGACUGGACCGCAUACAAGAUGACACCGAUCAGCCCUUGUAUCGCAAUCGCUCAAUUCUUUGCGGCUAAUCGGCUUACUCCUUACUCUGCUGCAGGUGAAUCUGAACCUGAUGUCGAGUUCUCAGAUGCGGCCGAUAGUCUGAUUACAAAUGGCUUCUGUCUUGGAAAUAUUGUUUCCGUAGGACAGAAAUGUCGCGAGAACCCCGCCAAAGACAUGACGGCAGGCGUCAUUGCUCUUGCUGACUGGUUUCGAUUACUGGGCAGCGCAGGUGAAAUUACUCAGGCGAAAGCCAGUACCUUCUGCAGUACGAUCCUGUUCGAUCACUUGACGAUGGGACCGGAAUGGUUCGAAACAAGAGCGCAGCAUGUGGAAACUAUUCUCGGUGAUCUUGCGAAUGAGGCACAGGAACGCUGUCCAGACGAGGUCAUUCAUCCCUACUUGCUUGAUAUGCAGAGCAGACCCAGACCGGUGGAGGUGACCACUAAGCCCUGGGUCUCUGACGCAUGCAAGCUCAUUGCUUACCGUCGCUUUUUCAUAUCAAGCUCGGGUCUCAUGGGGUUGGCUCCCGACUCGGCUGAACCGGGAGAUAUCAUUUGCAUCCUGCUUGGUUGCUUUAUGCCAGUCAUACUUCGGCCUAUGGGUCGCCACUAUAUCUUGCUUGGCGGGGCAUAUUAUCAUGAGUACAUGUAUGGGAAAGGAGGGCCAUCUUAUCAUGAACACAUGAACGGAAGGGGCAUGACAGAGCUGGCGCAAGGAAAGUUCAAGUUGGAGCCUUUUGAGAUACAAUAG